UUUCAGACUUUGUUCGAAAAUGGAUUGAAUGGUAUUUUAGCUGAUGAUAUGGGUCUUGGUAAAACUAUUCAAACAAUAGCAUUCUAUUGUUUUCUUAUUGAAAUGAAUAUUAAAGGUCCUUUUCUUGUUAUUGCUCCUCUUUCUACUAUACCUAAUUGGUUGUCGGAAUUCACUAAAUUUUCCCCUGAGCUACCUUCUUUACUUUACCAUGGUUCAGAAACUGAAAGAAUUGCUGCUCGAUCUAAGUUUAAAAAAACUCACAGAGUAAAUGAUAUGAAUUGUUAUCCUAUAAUUAUAACUACAUAUGAGGUAAUGCGUGUAGAUAUAAAAUUUUUGUCAACAAUUGAUUGGAAAUACAUAACUGUAGAUGAAGGACACAAACUUAAAAAUUUCAACGCACUAACAUCUAAAGCUAUGAGAGAAUUUAAGUGUGCAAAUAAACUUAUUCUCACUGGAACACCAAUUCAAAAUGAUAUGACAGAACUUUGGUCUUUACUCAAUUUGUUAAUGCCCAAAUUAUUUGAUAAGUUAGAAGAUUUUAAUUCAUGGUUUGUAGUUGAUGAUUUCUUUGACGAUAAUAUUAAAAUUGCAAGUAUGGCAAAAAAAAAUGAAAUUUUGGAUAUUAUUCAAAAGGUUAUUAAGCCUUUCAUUUUAAGACGUGAAAAAAAAGAAACUGAUUUAAAACUUCCUCCUAAAAAAGAAGUUGUUAUUUAUGCUCCAGUUACUGAAAGACAGCAGGAAUUAUAUAAAGCAACAUUAAAUAAACACAUGGAAGUACUACUAAAACAGCAAAAAGUAAAAAAAUUAAAUAAAUUUUGAAUAUUUUAUUAAUUA